UCGAAGGAAGAGUUUUUUCUUGUCGAUUGCAUAUAUACAUAGAGAGAAUGUCAUUUGAGGCAGCUUUGGUCCUUUUUGGUUGCACAGCGUUAAUACACAUAGUCAAUGGAGCUUCUACUGAGGAAUAUAAACGUCUCCAAAAGUCCCUAAUGGUCAACUACUCUACCAGCGUCCGUCCUGUUCUGGACCAAAACAGACCUGUCCUCGUCAACACGGCGCUCUACCUGAGCGGUAUUGACGAGGUGGAUGCCGUGGGCCAGCGACUGGUCACUUCGACCGUCCUGGAGGUCACGUGGUUGGACGAGUUUCUUCGUUGGGACCUCAACAGUACCGGUAUCCAAACACUUCACUUUAAACAGAAAGACAUUUGGACACCAGAUUUGGUGUUAAAGAAUGGUGUUAAAAAGAUCGAGCAACUUGGCGGAGAUUUCUACUACUUGAAAGUGACCUCUGAUGGAUAUGUUAGAUGGCUGCCUUUUCAAGUGUUUGAGAGUAAAUGCGAUGUAGAUAUUACCUAUUUUCCAUAUGAUGACCAGUUCUGCGACAUCGUUAUCCACAGUUGGAGUUUUAUCAAACAAGAGGUGAACGUUACCCUAUUCGAAAAUGACAUCACACCAGUAGAUUAUUACAGUUAUGUCAAAAAUUCAGUCUGGGAUAUCGUUUCAACCAAUGCGUAUGCAUCUCCCGAUUCCAGUGCGGAAUCUGAAGUGACCUUCUCGUUUUGGUUGCGCAGAAAACCUCUAUACUAUAUCAACAAUCUGAUUGUACCUAUGGCACUGCAAGGAGUUAUAAGUCUGAUGGUUUUUGUAAUCCCCGCCGACGCUGGAGAAAAAAUGUCUUUCGCAAUGACCGUAUUCCUCUCCUUCGUUGUAUUUUUAUCCAUCAUCGGUGCACAUCUUCCGACAAAUUCCGAGAAAAUUCCCAUACUGGGCGUUUAUAUCAUAAUCCAAAUGACAAAGGGGGUAGUGAUAAUAAUCAUUUCGUCUUUCCAAGUUCGUGUUCAUCAUAGGAAGUCGGAACGGAAAGUUGGGAUGUUUUAUAGGGAAAUCAUCCGGUUUGAACGGUUUCUACGAUGCACAAAUUGUUCCUCGAAAUGCUCGAAACACAAAGGUCGAGAAAGCGAAAACUAUCUCGACAGAAUAGACUGGAAUGAUGUUUCGUCUGCAAUUGACUUUGUUUCUUUUUGGAUAAUGCUAAUUUUUGAAAUUUUAGUUUUUACCAUUAUUAUGGUGAAAAUACAGGAAAGUUCAGUAUAA